AUGGCGAAUAUAAUUUCGCUCAGUUCAGUAAUCUUCGGCUGCAUCUUGUUGGUGCACGCGGAACCGGCAACUACCAGCUACUCCAUCAGAGGCGACAGCAACGGUUUCGAUUACAAUACUAACGCCAUCAAAGACGGUCACAGAGAAACCACGGACUUUUACGCUGGCGGAAACGGCGGACACUCGGCCAACAGCAGGAGCCAAGGAAGCCUCGAAGAAAGUUUAAGAACCAGCACUUACAGUGGAUUUUCUCCAAGUUCCCACGAGAGUGGGUUCCAAGGAUUUUCCAGCAGCGGCCGCGAAAACCUGGGCACGAGUUCUUACUUCAGUAGCGAUCCAGCCCAGUCCUCCUUCGACGGUUUCACGACCAGCAACGGCAACGGGGACACCACGUUCGACAGCUACGCAGCGCAGAGCAACGACCAAACGGGAUCCGACUUCGGUCAGUACUCCGGCAACAAGCACAAGACCUCUGCCUACAUGAAAUUCACGGAUAGUCUGCCCGGCGCCUCGAACGUUGGGAGCUUCAGCGGCGUGGCUCCUGAAAGUUCUGCGUUCAGAGAAUAUUCCGGAGAUGCUUUCAGAAGCCACGCGUCGGAUUACACGGACAGCGAGCAAGCCUUCGGUAGAGAACCGUCGAAUUUGUUCAACAGUCCAGCCACUGAUUAUUCGUACGGGAAACACAAGGAGGGUGUCUUUGGAAUGGGAGGCGGUAACAAAUACGCGACCGACUCUUAUCCUCUUCACACCGAUAUGCGUUAUGUUCGCGGGAACCACGGAACAAUGGGACGCGAUUACGCGACUACCUCGUAUUUGUCGACUUCUGCGAGCAACCCUUUCGCCGGGCUUCGAGGAACCAGCGGCCCUUACAGCUCAGGGAAAGUCAACAAAUACAAUAAAUACGUAAGCGACUAUGCCCCCAGCGCGGGCUUGAAUUAUCUUUCCAAGGACCUGGACACUGAUUAUCUAUUUAGCAACUACGGGAAGGGCAGUGGAAAGUCACCAGCGUUGAAGGAUAGCAGACCGAGCAGUUACGGGGGUCAGGCUUAUCUCGGUGGACCGUCGUAUCUCAAUAAAAUAGCUGCGAGUUACAAGAGCAAACCGAGCUACAUGAACUACCCGAGCAGUUCACCCAUUGGUUAUCCUUCAAUGUCUAGUUUACACGGCAGUUUCAAUGGUAACAGUUACGCGGACAGCCCCAUGCUUAGAAGAUACCGAAGCAGUAGUGGAUACGUCCCUGGCCAUGGAAGUAUAUACUCUGGUUAUUAUUAACACUUCUUC